GUUUCAAAGCUUCUCCGCCGGAGAGGUCUGACAGGAACACCAACACAAGCUUUGUGAUGGCUGAUGAACCUUCAGCCACCAACUUCCCUUGCCUAACCCUGUUUCACAAGAGCAGGACAAACUAGUUGUUGCUGUACCAGUGUAAAAAGGCAAAAGCUGGCAGGCUGACACAAGCGGAAAGCUUAUCAGGACGGAUUAUCUGGUAACUGACUAUUUAGCUGUGGCACACCCGGACUCCGUGUGAAGUGGGAUUUCGACCAUGAGCUCCGUUGCAGUACUUACGCAGGAGAGCUUCAAUGAGCAUCGCAGCGGCCUGCUGCCAGAGCAGCUUGGGGCUAAGGACAUGUCACCUGGCUCUGAGGAUGAAGGGGCUCUCCCUACCUACAGAGAGGCCUUUCCACCUCUACCUGAGAAGGCCGCCUCUCCUGAUGGCACCCAGGAACCUGCCAAUGCCUGGACUAAGAUUCGACCAAUUAAAUCGUCCAUGAUUACCCAGGUGUUCCAUGUGCCCCUGGAAGAACGCAAAUACAAGGACAUGAACCAGUUUGGGGAAGGUGACCAGGCUAAGAUCUGUGUGGACAUCAUGUACAAGACUGGGGCCCAUCUGGAGCUUUCCAUGGCCAAGGACCAGGGUCUAUCCAUCAUGGUAUCUGGGAAGCUGGAAGAGGUCAUGAGGGCUAGGAAGGAGAUUGUUUCCCGACUCCAGACUCAGGCCUCUGCGACUGUGGCGAUCCCAAAAGAACACCAUCGCUUUGUGAUUGGGAAGAAUGGUGAGAAGCUGCAGGAACUGGAGCUAAAGACUGCCACAAAGAUCCAGAUCCCGCGGCCUGACGACACCAGCAACCAGAUCAAGAUCUCUGGCACCAAGGAGGGCAUUGAGAAGGCCAAGCAUGAGAUUCUCCUCAUCUCUGCUGAGCAGGACAAGCGUGCAGUGGAGCGUGUCACUGUAGAGAAGGUCUACCAUCCCUUCAUUACUGGGCCAUUCAACAAGGUUGUGAGUGACAUGAUGCAGGAGACUGGAGCGAGAAUCAACGUUCCACCACCCAGCGUCAAUAAGACUGAGAUAGUCAUCACCGGGGAGAAGGAGCAGGUGGCCCAGGCUGUGAUUCUCAUAAAGAAGAUCUAUGAGGAGAAGAAGAAGAACGUGACCACGAUCGCAGUGGAGGUAAAGAAGUCUCAGCACAAGUACGUGAUUGGACCCAAGGGGAACUCCCUGCAUGAGAUCCUGGAGAAGACGGGUGUCUCGGUCGAGAUCCCACCCACCGACAGCAGCUCUGAAACUGUCAUCUUGCGAGGAGAGCCGGACCGCCUUGGACAGGCUCUGACAGAGGUCUACGCUAAGGCGAACAGCUACACUGUGGCCUCUGUCUCGGCUCCAUCCUGGCUGCACCGCUUCAUCAUUGGCAAGAAGGGGCAGAAUCUUGCCAAAAUCACACAGCAGAUGCCAAAGGUUCACAUUGAAUUCACAGAGGGUGAGGAUAAGAUCACGCUGGAGGGCCCAACCAAGGACAUGCAGCAAGUCCAGAGUCAGAUGGAAGCAAUCGUGGUUGACCUGGUGAGCCGCAUGGACUACACUGAAAUCACUGUGGAUCCAAAGUUUCACCGUCACCUUAUUGGGAAAGGCGGAGCUAACAUCAACCGAAUCAAGGAUCAGUACAAGGUGUCUGUUCGUAUUCCUCCGGACAAUGAGAAGAGCAACCUGAUCCGGAUCGAAGGUGACCCCCAAGGUGUGAUCGAGGCCAAGCAGGAGCUGCUGGAGCUGGCAUCCCGCAUGGAGAAUGAACGUACAAAGGACAUGAUUAUUGAACACCGUUUGCAUCGAACCAUCAUUGGCCAGAAAGGGGAGAAAAUCAAGGAAGUCCGUGAUAAAUUCCCGGAGGUCAUCAUCAAUUUCCCUGAUCCUACACAAAAAAGUGACAUUGUCCAAUUUAGAGGACCCAGAACUGAAGUGGAGAAAUGUACCAAAUUCAUGCAGAAGAUGGUGGCUGAAAUGGUGGAGAACAGCUUUUCUGUUUCAGUUCCAGUUUUCAAACAGUUCCACAAGAACAUCAUUGGAAAAGGAGGAGCCAACAUUAAAAAGAUCCGUGAAGAAACUAACACGAAGAUCGACCUUCCAGCUGAGAACAGCAACUCUGAAGUCAUUGUCAUCACUGGGAAGAAGGCAAAUUGUGAGGCUGCGCGAAACCGUGUUUUGGCCAUUCAGAAAGAAUUGGCAAACAUCAUUGAGAUGGAGGUCUCCAUCUCCUCCAAGCUGCACAACUCCCUGAUUGGCUCCAAAGGGCGCUUUGUGCGUUCCAUCAUGGAGGAGUGUGGUGGCGUCCACAUCCAUUUCCCCACAGAGGGCUCUGGCAUUGACACCGUGACCAUCCGGGGGCCAGCAGAGGACGUAGACAAGGCCAAGCAGCAGCUGCUGUCCCUGGCUGAGGAGAAGCAAACAAGGAGUCACACUGUGGAGCUGCGUGCCAAGCCAGACUACCACAAGUUCCUGAUUGGGAAGGGAGGUGCAAACAUCCGCAAGGUGCGUGACAACACAGGCGCCCGCAUCAUCUUCCCCACAGCCGAGGACAAGGACCAGGAGCUCAUCACUGUGGUGGGGACGGAGGAGUCUGUCCGGGAUGCACAAAAGGAGCUGGAGGGCCUCAUAAAGAGCCUGGAGAACAUAGUAGAGGAUUUUAUGAUCGUUGAUCCGAAGCAUCACCGGCACUUUGUGUCUCGACGGGGGCAGGUGUUGAGAGAGAUCGCUGAGGAGUACGGAGGUGUGAUGGUCAGCUUUCCACGUACUGGCACCCAAAGUGACAAAGUCACCCUGAAGGGAGCCAAGGACUGCGUGGAGGCAGCCAAGAAGCGCAUGGCUGAGAUUAUUGAGGACCUGGAUGCACAGGUGACCAUAGAGUGUGUGAUUCCUCAGAAGUUCCAUCGCUCCAUCAUGGGCCCCAAAGGCUCCCGCAUACAGCAGAUCACUCGUGACCACAAUGUGCAGAUCAAGUUCCCAGACCGUGAGGACCCCCAAGCUACCCCAGUCCCUCCGGAGCCAGCAGUGCAGGAAAAUGGAGAGGUCAGUGGAGAGCCCAAAGAGCCAGCGGACCCAGCAGCUCCCAAAAAGUGUGAUGUCAUCGUCCUGUCUGGGCGUAAGGACAGGUGUGAGGCAGCUGUGGAAGCACUUAAGGCUCUGGUUCCUGUCUCCAUCACAGUGGAUGUGUCCUAUGACCUUCACCGCUACAUCAUUGGCCAGAAAGGAAGUGGAAUCCGCAAGAUGAUGGAUGAGUAUGAAGUUAAUAUCCAAGUGCCUGCCCCUGAGCUGCAGUCAGACACCAUCUCCAUCACAGGGCUGGCUGCUAAUCUGGACCGUGCCAAAGCAGGCCUCCUGGAGCGAGUCAAAGAGCUGCAGGCUGAUCAAGAGGACCGGGCUCUGAGGAGUUUCAAGCUGACCAUCUCUGUGGACCCCAAGUAUCACCCCAAGAUCAUCGGCAGAAAGGGGGCAGUCAUCACUCAAAUCCGCACAGAGCACGAUGUUAACAUCCAGUUCCCAGACAAGAAUGAUGACAACCAGGACCAGAUCACCAUUACAGGGUAUGAACGCAACGCAGAGGCUGCUAGAGACAGUAUCCUGCAGAUCGUGGGAGAGCUGGAGGAGAUGGUCUCCGAGGACAUCACCCUGGACCACCGCGUCCACGCCCGGAUUAUCGGAGGUCGUGGCAAAGGCAUCCGCAAGAUCAUGGACGAGUUCAAGGUGGACCUGAGGUUCCCCCAGAGUGGAGCAGCUGACCCAAACUGUGUGACUGUCACUGGGCGCCCCGAAAAUGUGGACGAGGCCAUUGACCACCUGCUCAACCUGGAGGAGGAAUAUAUGGGAGAUGUGGGUGAUGACGAGUCUCCGACAUACAUGAAGCCCCGAGGCGGCACUGCUGCGGACGAGCCCAGGGGUCCUUCCAAAGGGUUUGUGGUGAGGGAUGCUCCAUGGACUGCUGGACCCAGCGACCAGGCCCCAGACAUGAGCAGUUCUGAGGAGUUCCCCAGCUUUGGCAGUCAUGUGGCCCCAAAGUCGUCCUCCCCCUGGGGACCCAAACGUUUCUGAUCUGGAAGUAAAAGCUUGCCGUCCCCGCCUCCUUUCCCAACUGCUGACCACCUGGACACUGACCCUGCCCCCGAACUGUCAGCAGUGCUUCUGAAGAGGUUGGGCAACUAGGCCAUAAACCCCCUGAUAAAUGGACCGCCUUGCCUCUUGAUUUAGAAACCCAAAGGACAGCAAAUAUUAUUAUUAUUAUUUUUAUAUAUAUAUAUAUAUAUAUAUAUAUAUAUAAUAUAUAUAAUAUAAUUAUUAUUAUUAUUUUUUUUUUUUAAUAUAUGUAAUGGAAAUCCUGUUUUGACUCUGAAUUCUUCCCUGUGCUGUCUGACAGACUAACUUUGGCUUAACCAAAAUCUGUUGACAACCUGCAACCCUUUUACUACUUCCCUCUUACCCUGUUACUAUUUGUUUGCAUUUGUUCUCAGCCUUGACUCUGCAUCAAGUUGUCAUUGAGCUGGAUGGGAGAACUACUCGUUCAAUUCAAAUGUCCUGUGACCAAUAUGACCUGUGUAGCUACUAGUUAUCAUCCUGGUAAAGGCAGAUUUUUAAAGAAAUGAUUCAAUAUUGGAUGAACAGAACCCACAGCCUUCAGAAUGAUGGCAGCAGCCUAUAUUGUACAAAAGCAGUUGGAGGCUACUGGCAACCACACAGUUUUAAAUUUGCCCCACUAAAAGUCCAUCAGUCAGGGCAGAUACUUGCCUUUCUCCCAUGCCUAUUUUUUAGAAGGGGAAUCAAAUGUGUUAGCUGCUGUGUUAAGUGGAAAGGUGCCAUUUAAGAAAGAUUAGAGUUUGUAGCAAUUCCUGAAACUGUGUGCGCUGACUCAUAUUUGAGCACCUUGAUACAGAAAAAAUUAACUUGGUGAAGUGUAAAAAUUUUUCCAAUAAUGCAAACUAUUUUUUUAUUUUCUUUCCCUGACCUUUAGUGUUUUAAAAUUCUCUGGCAUCCACUAAAUUUGGUUCCAUACCACAGGGAAGGGAACAGAACUGCUACCUAAUACACUGUUAUAUUUAGAACACACAGAACAAAACACUAUAGGACCAUAUUUCACGUUUUAGCUGCCAGGAGCAGUUUGCCCUUUGGGUCCUAGCCUUUUAAGGUGUCGGGGACAGUUUGCCAUUAGAGAUGAGAGCAACUGUCAAUCACAAUAAAGGGUUAACACUACUUGUUUACCUGCAGAACAUGGUCUUUGUUUUGUUUUAAAAAUCAUGCUUGGCCUUUCUGUGUUAAAUAUUCUUGUAUUGAACUGGGAAGUUCAGUCUUGUUUUUUGUCUUGGCGGUUGGGUCGGUGUCCAGUUGUUAUCUUAUUGUCUUCCAGUUGCCAAGCAGAGUAAUCUUCCUGUGGCAAUUUUUUUUUUUUUUUUUUUUUUAUUGGCCUUAAUUUCAAAUGCAAAAAAAAAAGCGCAAAAGAUAUUCUAUGGAUAACACUGGAAUUGAAAUGUCCAAAAAAUAAAAAAAAGUUAAAGUA